GAGUACCAUGCCUUGACGAACGGCAUCUUCAGCCAGCACCGGGGUACAAUGUUGGACGUUGCCAAGGGCGUCUUCGAGUUCAACGAGGAUUUGAAUAAGCUGUUCGGGCCCGACCUAGAGCUGGCAGAGCUACGCCACCUGAAUCUGAUCCAGGAUAUCGAACGCUCGUUAGAUGAGUUCUUCACCAACCGGCUGACCCUGCGGCUGAUGAUCUCCCAC